CUGGGCUUGAUCGAUAAGUUGCAUAUUUAAAUGCAUUCAAGUUUCAUUCACUAUCGAGUUUUUUUUUCUCUUUCUUUUCACAUCAAAAAAAUCAUCCAUCAUGUCUGUCUCCAAGGUUCACGCUCGUCAAAUCUACGAUUCCCGUGGUAACCCCACCGUCGAAGUUGAGGUCACCACUGGCAAGGGUGUCUUCCGUGCCGCCGUUCCCUCCGGUGCUUCCACCGGUAUUCACGAAGCUCUUGAACUCCGUGAUAACGUCAAGGGUGACUACAUGGGCAAAGGUGUGCUCAAGGCUGUUGAGAACGUGAACAAGCAAAUUGCUCAAGCUCUCAUUGAUGCCAAGAUCCCCGUCACUGAUCAGGCUGCCGUUGACAACUUCUUGUUGAAGUUGGAUGGUACCAAGAACAAGUCCAAGCUCGGUGCCAACGCCAUCCUCGGUGUUUCCCUUGCUGUUGCCAAGGCCGGUGCUGGCGAGAAGGGUGUUCCCCUCUACGUCCACUUUGCUGACAUCUCCGGUUCCAAGAAGCCUUUCGUGCUCCCUGUCCCCGCUUUCAACGUUAUCAACGGUGGUUCCCAUGCUGGUAACAAGCUCGCCAUGCAGGAAUUCAUGAUUCUUCCAACGGGCGCCAAGUCCUUCUCUGAAGCCAUGAAGAUGGGUUCUGAAGUCUACCACAACUUGAAGAGCGUCAUCAAGGCCAAGUACGGUCUUGAUGCUACCAACGUCGGUGACGAAGGUGGUUUCGCCCCCAACAUUCAAGACAGCAAGGAAGGUCUCGACUUGUUGAUGUCUGCCAUUGAUAAGGCUGGCUACAAGGGUAAGAUCAAGAUCGGUAUGGACUGUGCCGCUUCCGAAUUCUACAAGGAUGGCAAGUACGAUUUGGACUUCAAGAACCCCAAGUCCGAUCCUUCCACCUACUUGACUGGUCAACAGCUCGCUGACCUUUACAAGUCCUUCUCUGAUAACUAUCCCAUCGUUUCCAUUGAAGAUGCUUUCGACCAGGAUGACUGGGACAACUGGACUCACUUGGAAAACACCUCCGACUAUCAGCUUGUUGGUGAUGACUUGACUGUCACCAACCCUGAACGUAUCAAGACUGCUGUCGAGAAGAAGGCUUGUAACGCUUUGUUGCUCAAGGUCAACCAGAUCGGUACCGUCACCGAAUCUAUCCAGGCUGCUAAGGAUUCUCAGGCUGCUGGUUGGGGUGUCAUGGUCUCUCACCGUUCCGGUGAAACCGAAGACACCACCAUUGCUGACCUUGUUGUCGGUCUCCGUACCGGUCAAAUCAAGACUGGUGCUCCUUGCCGUUCUGAACGUUUGGCCAAGUACAACCAGCUUCUCCGUAUCGAAGAAGAACUCGGUGCCAAUGCCAUCUACGCUGGUGAGAACUUCCGCAAGGCUCAUGAAAUGUAAAUAUGAUAAAAAAAUCUCGCCCCACCAUCUUCUUUCAUUCUAGUCGCAUAAGGGGAAAAGCAAAAAAAUAAUCUUUUCUUUAUUUUCCCCAAAAUUUUAAAUAAAUAAGCAUUACGUUAUAAGCGCUGUAAAAAAGAAGGACCACGUCUUCAGAUUAGAUUAUCGACGUCUUGUGGUUGAAAAUGUUGACGAUGUGAAAAAAGUCAUCAUGCCAUCGCUCGGCUAGCUACAUCACAAUAAAGCGGG